AGCCUCCGCCGCAGCCUCCGCCGCAGCCUCCGCCGCAGCCUCCGCCUCAGCCGCCGCUGGGAAGGUGCUGCCCCUGUCGCAGCUGCUUGGCCGACUCGAAGAUACUUGCUGGCACAUUUCUGGAUGUUCUGCUGAACUUUCUUAAGAAUUCAGAGGAACUGCCACGUGACCACUGAGAGAAAGCUCUAAUCUUAAGGAUUACGCACAUUCCAACUACCACAUCUGAACAAUGUCCUACGUUUUUGUAAAUGAUUCUUCUCAGACUAAUGUGCCCCUGCUGCAAGCCUGUAUUGAUGGGGACUUUAACUACUCCAAGAGGCUUUUGGAAAGUGGCUUUGACCCCAAUAUUCGUGACAGCAGGGGCAGAACAGGCCUUCACCUCGCAGCAGCCCGAGGGAAUGUAGACAUCUGCCAGUUGUUACAUAAAUUUGGUGCUGAUCUCCUGGCCACAGAUUAUCAGGGAAACACAGCUCUUCAUCUCUGUGGCCAUGUGGAUACUAUUCAAUUCUUAGUUUCCAAUGGACUGAAAAUUGAUAUUUGCAAUCAUCAAGGUGCUACACCCCUAGUUCUGGCAAAGCGCAGGGGAGUGAAUAAAGAUGUCAUCCGAUUGCUGGAAUCUUUGGAAGAACAGGAGGUAAAAGGAUUUAACAGAGGAACUCACUCAAAACUGGAGACCAUGCAGACAGCUGAGAGUGAAAGUGCCAUGGAAAGCCAUUCCCUCCUCAAUCCCAACCUGCAGCAAGGUGAGGGGGUCCUGUCCAGCUUCCGGACCACGUGGCAGGAAUUUGUAGAGGAUCUGGGCUUCUGGAGGGUGCUGCUCUUGAUCUUUGUCAUCGCUCUGCUGUCUCUGGGCAUCGCCUACUAUGUGAGUGGGGUGCUACCCUUCGUGGAAAACCAGCCCGAACUGGUGCAUUAGAGGAGCUCCUGGGAGAGGCGGCAGAAGCGGUGUCCUGGCUUCCAGUGUUUGCUCUCAGUUUCUCAGAGUUUUCGCUUAGUGCAAGGCAGUGAGGGCUAUACAUGUUUUUCUUUUUGCAUUUUUACACGUUAUAAUCCUUUUAGAAGAACAACAUGUCUGUUUGAACUAACUACAUACUGUAGUCAAGUAUACUGUCCUAAAGCUACCUCCAACUCAGCCUGACUUCUUAGGAAAGGCUCUGCGUGGCCUUGUUUGAUAAAAACAUGGACGUGACAAAAGAAUGAGACGUAGAGGAUGAGACUAGGAAAUCCUUGCUACAGAGACCUUACCCUAACACAGGACCAACUAAAGCGAAGUGUUCGCAGAUUGUCUUAUAUGAUUAGUUUUGGUUGGUAGUUUUGUUUUUGUUUAUUUUUGCAAGAGCUGCUUUUCUCUUCUUAUUUACUUUCUUUGGGGAAUAUCAGGGGCAGGGGGUGGGGGAGAAUGAAACAUGCAGCUUAAAACUUGAAGUGCUUUUUUUCAGAUCCUGUAGAGCAAAUCAGUAUCAUUGGAAUCUGUUUGGUUUGUUUUAAUAUUUUCAAGUCUAGUCACAAACUAAACAGAACUUUUGAAAAUGAGCUAUAUUUUCCUCAAAAAUGAUUUAUUUGAUCUUAUAUUUAUUUGUUUUUAGGAUAAUUUUGAUUUUUUGUAAGCUGCUUUGCUUGUUGAUAUCUGUGAAAAAUGAACUUGAGAAGUUCAUUUUGUUCACUUUUCAAUUUUUCCUAGUGUUUAUUUCAAAGAUACUCUAUUCAUCAAAAAUGCAGUCAGAAAGCUUUCUCUACUCAGUAGUUAGCAGAGGGAAAUAAUUCUGAUGUUUAACUCUCACUGUAAUUCUGUAGUACUAUUAUUAUGGUGAAAAAUUCAGUUCUAUAAGCUAGCUAUGUUGUCACAAUUGUAUCGUAGUUCAUAAUUUUUUCAUUUUAUGUGCAAUCCUGUUUAGAGGCCCUGUUAGAAUUGUCUUAUCAGUCCCAUCCAUAUCAGUUGUUCUCUGAUGGCAAGAAUGGAUGAAGUGUUUAUGAAUUAACAGUGCUGAACACUAUUGUACUAGGUGUCAAACUUUAUGAAUGCUAACAUUAUGUAAAUUGAAAUAUGGCCCCAAACGGUAUUGCAGCUUUCAGCAGUAUGUUUGAAGGCCUCUUUUGUUAAUGAUUCUGCUAUGUUUAAAUCAUAUUCUUGGGUUAUUAAAAGAGGAUGUGAAGAUGAUAAUUAUUCAUUGGGUAUAGUCAGAAAAUUGUACUGAGCGAACUGAUGGUUUUAUUUUUUAGAACACAGUCAUCUAAGCUACUGCUAAUUGAAUUGUUGCUAGAAUUAGAAGUUAUAAUUUAAAACAGAAUUGGUAUUUCUGUGAUUCUUUUUGCUUCUUAAUAUUUUCUCUUUUGCAUUUAUAUAUCUAGGAUUGAGGCAUUUUCUUUCAUGUGACUUUAUCUUGUCUCAAAGAGCUGUUCUAAAAUUCCUGAUUUAGGUUAGAUACAAAGUUAAUCACACUUGGUGUAAAUACAGCAAAACGGUGGAUGUUAGAAUGGAGAACUACUAGAACUCAAAAUCAAAGUGUAUUCAGAUUAAAAGGUUUGGAAUUAGCUUUGUUUUUGUUUGUAAUGCUAAACAGAUGAGCAAAAUUGGUUAACAUAUAAGUAAAUAUAUUGCAUUUUUUAAAGAUUUAUGUUUCCUUUUAAGUGCUGAUUUCUUUGUAUUCUAUUCUCUGCAUUCAGUAUUCAGUAAUACUACCAAUAAACAUUUAUAAUCUCUUA